AUGGCUAAUGAAGAUCUGAUGAAUGAUUUAUCUUCAACUCCACCAACGUCAACCACAAGUUCUCCCACAUCAUCCCAUCGUCAAUUAAACAUGGAUCAUAAUAAACCAAAACGUCAAAGAAGAAGUUAUAGUUGUGGUCCUUGUAAAUUAUUAAAGAUUAAAUGUGAUUUAACUAUACCUUGUACUUCAUGUCAAAGAUUUAAACGUACUGAUCGAUGUUUACAACAUCCACCUCAACCUCCAAGUCAAGAAGAAUUAUAUAAAAUAAAAGAACGGAAAAAGAGAACCAAUAUAAAGAAAUUAAGAUUAACUAAUAAUUUAGUGCAAACUUAUAAUUCAACAAAUGAUUCAUUACCUUCAAUGUCAAAUUCAAUAACUAAUGUUUCAAGACAAAUCAUUGCAAAUAUUGAAAGUCCUAUAAAGUAUAGUUCGGUGGAUUUGAAUAGAUAUCCCAUCCCAUAUCCUACUUUAGAUCAUCAACAACAACAAGCUCAACAACAACAACAACCUUACCAUUUAAGAGGCUUACCAGUAUCUUCAGCUCAAUAUGCUCAUCAAUAUGUAGUACCUUUACCACCAAUUCAACCUCAUACUAAUGGUCAACCAUAUCCUCAACCCAAGUAUCCACAACAACUGCAACUGCAACUGCAACUGCCAUUUCCUUUACCUCAAAUUAAUCAAUCUACUCGUUUACAACAUUCAAUACUACCUCCUCAACAAAUACCCUCACAACAACAAGAACAUACACUUCCACCUAUAAAGCAAGAACAAUCACAACCUCAAGAUCAAACAAUCAUACUCAAUCCCCUUUCAACCACCAUUAUAGAUCAACAAUUGGAUCAAGAUAAAAACACCAUGAUAUCAUUACUGAUGGUUGAUAUUAAAAGAAUUAAACGACUCUUACCUACUAAAUUUGAAAUCUUUGAAGAUUUACAUCAAUUAUAUCUUAAAUCUAUGAAUGAUCAAAUCAUGGAUAUAAUGAAUUAUGAAACGAUGAAACAACAAAUCAAAUUAAUUUAUUUUAAAGUGAUUCAAAUCAAUGAUGAAGAUGCUACGAAAUUAAGUAGUUCAAUUGAAUUUAAUCUUAUUGAAUUAAGAAAUUUAUCCCUUUUAUUCAUCUUACUUUCAAAUGGAUAUUUAUUCGAUCAAACUAAUUUAAAUAACUUCUUACUUGAGAAGUCCCUCUUUAAAUCAAAAUUAGAUAUCAUUAAUGAUUGGAUUAAAAUUUCGAAAUAUUUAAAAUUGAAAAUCAUAAGUUAUAGUAAGAUCACCGAUAUUCUUUAUUUAUUGGAUUGGUAUUUCAUCAUUAAGAAUUAUUAUACUUAUUCGAAUCAAAUCGUACAGAAUUAUUUAGAAUUCAAUAAUUUAUUAAAUUAUGCUGUAUUGAAUAAUCAAUUCAUGGAAUUCAUUGAAGAUCCCGAUAAAGACCAAUCAGCGGGUGCAUCAAAUAACAUCAAUGAUGCGGCGGAUAGUGCUGCAUCAUCGUCUUCCAACUCUCUUCAUUUGAAUAAUGGAAAUGGGAAUGGGAAUGCAGUGAAAAAUUAUCCUCAAUCAUUUGAAUUUAAAUUAUUAGCGAGAUAUUGGAUGCAAUUAAGAUUAGUGGAGAUUGAAUUCACAUUUUUCCAAUAUAAAGGAUCAUUAUUAUCAUCGAAUCAACUAAAGAAUACCAUUGUUCCUCAUAAACAAUUAUUAAAAUCAUUAUAUGGGGAUAAUUUAAGUUCCAUAAAGAAUCCCUUGGUUAAGUUUGCCAUUCAAGUAUGGGGAUUAUACUACCGUCGAUCGAAAUAUUCCACCUCCAUAAAGGAUAUCAUUAAGAGUUAUCUUGAAUUAUAUGGUGAUAUCAUGGGAUUAUAUAUCGAUGAAUUGAAACAUGAACAAGCAUUAUAUUUCACCACUCCACCUCAACGGAAUCCGAAUGAGUUUUUCAAUGAUCCUGAAUUAUUUAAUAAUCAAUUGAAUAUCUUAAUGAAGAAUCAAAUUGCCUUAACGGUGUUUAUAAGAUGGUUAAGUUUUAUCCGAAUUGAAACCAAUUAUUUCCCUUCAUUGAGAUAUACUUCAUAUUUAACUUCAAUGAUGAAUUUAUUUAAUCAUUUUAAUUUAAUGGAUGAUAUGAUCACUGAGAGGAAUAAUGAAUUGAGUGAAGGUGAAGAACAUUUAAGAAUGGAUGAUUUAUUAACCAUCUUGAUCAAACAAUUCCCAUACCAUUAUAUUAGGAAUUUCUAUCAGAGUUUAAUCUAUCAAUCGAUUUUCUUAAUCAUUUUACAAGAUUUCAUAUUGAUUCCAAAUCAAACGUUUAAAUUGAAUUUGAAAUUCAUUUAUGAUUUGAUAUUCAGUCGUUUUCAAAAAACAUUUAAGAAAUUCUUAAAUAGUAAAUCAACCCUUUUAAAAAACUUACAUAAGAUUGAAUUCUUUAAAAAUUCAUUAAACCUUGUGAUUGAAUUCAAUAAUUAUUUACAAAAGAAACAAUCUGAAAGUGAUAUGGAAAACAGUCCAACCACAGCUUCAUCAUCAUCCACCACCGCCACUACCUCCUCAUCAUCUUCAUCUGCCUCACCUCAUCAAACUGCAACCCUCUCAGUAGGUGAUCUCACGGAAUUAAUCUAUCAAUUAAAAGUGAAUUUCAUUAGUUUUGAAAAUUGGGAAAUCUUAAUCAAUUUCUAUUUUGGAUCGAGGGAGAAUUUCAUGAGAUAUAUUGAAAAGAUCUGGGAUUUAUUCGAAUACUUCAAAAUUGAAUUAAAUGAAGACACAUCAAAUGGGAUAAGUAAUGGAAAUGGCACAAGUAACGGUUCAGCAACUCAUACGGGUACAUCCACUCCAACUUCAUCCAAUUUAAUACCCAUCACUAAUGAAUUAUAUUUGAAUGAUCAAUUGAUUAUCGAUAAUUGUCAUAAAUUAAGUGGAUUUGAAUUUGAUACCAACUCAGUAGUGGAAUAUAUUAAAGCUGUUGUUGAACCUAAUAUUCAAGAAUAA